UCCUCCGUAGUUGUAGUGCCGCCUGCUGGUUGUGAAGGCGGAAGUUCCAGCAGGCUAACUUCCCUGUGUCCAGUUAUUCAUUACCGGUUCUUUGGGGGGGACAGUAGAAGGAACACAGCUUUACCUGCUCAGACAUGUCUUCUGCCUACAAGAACAGGAUCCAAGAGUUCAAAUCAGCGCUGGGGGAGAACAGCAUCAACCUGACGGCUCUCAGGGAGCUCAGCUUCAGCGGAAUCCCUCAUGAGGAAGGAAUCCGCUCCCUGUGCUGGAAGAUUCUGCUCAACUAUCUGCCCCUGGAUCAGACGCUAUGGGAGUCUUUCCUCAAGAAGCAGAGGGAGGUCUACGCUCAGUUCCUCAGAGAGAUGAUCAUCCAGCCCGGCAUCGCCAAGGCCAACCUGGGUCUGUCCAGAGCCGACGUAACGCUGGAGGACCACCCUCUGAAUCCGAACCCAGACAGCCGCUGGAACAACUACUUCAAAGACAACGAGAUCUUACUGCAGAUCGACAAGGAUGUGAGGCGGCUGUAUCCGGACAUGGCCUUCUUCCAGCGGCCCACCGAGUAUCCCUGCCAGCUGAUCCUGGACCCGCAGAACGACUACGAGACGCUGCGGCGCCGCGUGGAGCAGACCACGCUGAAGGCCCAGACCGUCCACCGGAACCGCAGCGGCGUCACUAACGUCAGCUCUCCUGGGAAGGCGCUGAACCUGUACCCGUCCAACGAGUACGAGGUUCUGCCCAGCGGUACCGAGGCCCACUGGGAGGUGGUGGAGCGGAUCCUCUUCAUCUACGCCAAGCUGAACCCGGGCAUCGCCUACGUUCAGGGCAUGAACGAGAUCGUGGGGCCCAUCUACUACACCUUCGCCACGGACCCCAGCAGCCAGUGGAAAGAACACGCCGAGGCCGACACGUUCUUCUGCUUCACCAACCUGAUGUCGGAGAACCGGGACAACUUCAUCAAGAGUCUGGACGACUCGCAGUGCGGCAUCACCUGCAAGAUGGAGAGCGUCUACGCCAUGCUGAAGGACAAGGACCCGCAGCUCUUCCUCAAGCUGGAGGAGCAGAACAUCAAGCCUCAGUACUUCACCUUCCGCUGGCUCACCCUGCUGCUGUCCCAGGAGUUCCUCCUGCCGGACGUCAUCCGCAUCUGGGACUCCCUGUUCUCCGACCAGGACCGGUUCCACUUCCUGCUCCUGGUCUGCUGCGCCAUGCUCAUACUCAUCAGGGACAGCUUACUGGCCGGAGACUUCACCGCCAACAUGAGGUUACUGCAGGAUUAUCCGAUCUCAGACGUCCACACCAUCCUGACCAAAGCCAAGGAGCUGCAGGAGAACUCCUAACCACAGACCUGCUGCUGAUGGUGGGUGGAGGUCCAGUCACGGACGGACACCACAGAACCUGCAGCUGGACCUGCUCAUCUGACGGCAGAACCCUGGAGGAGACGCUCAGGAGGAGGAGGCGUGUCCUUCUUCAUCCUGCAUCAUCUUCCUCCUCCUCUUCCUCGCAGCCGUUUCCCCUUCGCAUCAGGAAGUGAUCAGGAAAUGACGUUUUAAUUGAUCAUCUGGAGAAGGUCCACGACGAUCCAACACUACAGGAGGUCCAGCAGAUCUGAUCAGUUUUAAAUUUUCAUGUCAGAACCAUUUGGUCCGUUUCUGAAGCAGGAUGCUGCGUUCAGGGAACCAGGAGGUCCACAUGUUGGAUGUUUUAUCAGGAACGUCUCCAGAGAGGACACCAUGAUCCGUUUCUGGACCUUCCAGUCUGAUUUUCUUUAAUUGACCAGAACCGUUCUGCAGGUAAAGCUUCAGUGAAACCAGCAGCAGGUCCGUGGGUCGGUGUGAAAACUUUAGUAGCUGCUGAUGGAGCUCCAGGCUGAGGUUCCUCUGGAGGUUCCUGGCUCUCAGUACCGACCGAUAUCUGCUGAAACUCAAUUAUGUUGGAUAUGGAUCCUUGGUACCGCCGCACCUGUGUUGUUUUCUCUGCUGGUGGAUCAAGAACAGACGGUGGUUCUGACCCAAGGAAAAAGGAAACCUGUAGACAGUGUUGUGCAAAAGUUUUAAACCAGCCUCUCAGUUCUUCCUGGUUUCCUUCCUGUGAUCCAGUCUCAAUGUUUCUUAGUUCUCCGGGCUUUUCCCACUCGGUUUCAGUCCAGAUUCAGCACCUGGGAAGGUUCUCCAGGAAGUGGAACAUGGUUCAAAGUCAUAUCUAGAACCUUCCUUCUAGGUAACUUUCCAUGAGCUGCCAGAACAUCCGGGCCUGAUGACUACCUGAAGUCCAGUUUAGUUUUUAAUGCACGUCAGAAAGCAAGCUGCCGUUAGCCGCGCUAGCUGCCGUUAGCCAUGAUAGCUGCCGUUAGCCGCGCUAGCUGCCGUUAGCUGCGCUAGCUUCCGUUAGCCGCGCUAGCUUCCGUUAGCCGCGCUAGCUGCCGUUAGCCGCGCUAGCUGCCGUUAGCCGCGCUAGCUGCCGUUAGCCGGCUAAGGAUGAUUUGGUGGUCCGGGUUAAAAACAUUCCUCUGGAAAUGGAGCGGUGCUGGACUGGAAAUGGGUAAAAAGGAAGCCUGAUACGUAGAAAUGUUCUGGGUCUCCAGUUCUCCAGGUUUUCUGAAGGUUUUAUAAUAAAAGUACAGGAAGGUUCUGGAUCUGGGAAGGAAAUUAUAGGAAUUGACGCGGUUUGGUUUUGGAUCGGGAGUUAAAAAACGCCUGAAGAUCCGUUCUUAUUCAUGUCGUUUAUAUGAAGUGUUUGCUUUAAAAUCCAAAAGGUAACAAAAACAAAAGCUUAAAAACUCUUUUUUUCCUAAUGAGCCAGUAGUAAUUUUAUUUAAAAAAAUGGAGUCAGUGUUUAUUUGCAGCCUAAAGCCAGUUAGAAAUCCCCUUCAAAUGUUGUUUUGUUUUUAUGACACUAAAUGCUUGUCUGACAUUUAGCUAAAACUUUUAUUUCAUUUUAAGAAGAAAAGUAUUUUAACGGAUUUAUUUCCACCUCAGUGAGGACCUCAUACUGCAGGAUCACCUUAAACCUCUUCCUUUAAGACGCAUUUAAAAACAAAGUAUUAGAUUUGUUUCUGACUCAGAUUCUACAGAAUUAUAUUUUCCUUGUUCUGCUUCAAAACUGCUGCAAGAUCAUGUUUAAGUGCAAUCUAAAACUCAGCCACUAGAUGGCGCCACGGAUAUGAGGAAAUUAACUAAGAUGAUGUGGUUCAACAUCUGGACCUCUGAGAAGAUUCUGUGGUGGAGUUUCAGAACCGUCGGCGCUCUCAGACCCAGUUUUAGAUACGAAGAGCGACCACCUUCAUCAUGUGAUCCAAAACCACCAAAGUCUUGUUGGAGAACCCUCCUAAUGAAUGGUAACCUUACCAGAGCCUUUUGGGUCAGAACAAAUUAACCAGAAUCUGUGCUGGUUCUCCCAGCUGUGGUCCAAACACGGACCUCUUCAGUUUCUGGUACCGUUUGCAGGAUCGGUUGCUUGUUAGUUGAAGAAAUGUAGAAAGUUGAAACUUUUCCUUUUGGGGAAACAGGAACCGUUUCAAAUCUUUGCCGAAGCUCAACUAAUGAAAACUUUCUGCGAAGAUCAUUAAAAGCUUAAACCGUCUGUUUUAAAUGUUCCUCAUUAAGACCAAAACAGACACACUGAAGGUAUUUUUAACGUUUUUACUUUGAGGGAUUUUCACCAUCAACCUCCUUCCUCGGUUUAACCUGUAUUUAUUUUUCUCCUGCGCGGUUUUCUGUGUUUGAUGAAUAAAUGUUUUUGUCUCUUAUUUGCAUGAUUUACAUUUUGUAAACAAAUGAUUUUUGUAACGUUCUCCAGUUUUUACGUGUUUGCACAUGUGAAAUAAAACCAAUAAUUGGGUAAAAAUGUUU